AUGAAGGUUCAGAUUCGGUGUUUCCCUUUGAAAUCGUCACCGGAUUCACCUCCAUCUCGGUGCCAUACAUCUUCUGGCAGUGUUUUGAUUGAUGGUCCUAUAAUGCACACCUUCGAAACUAAAACUCCAAAAUCUCCACAAUUAUUGAUUCUAAAGAAGAAGGAGAUGGAAAGGAAGGGUUGGGGUUUGGAAUCACAGAAAGGAAAAUGGGUAAGAUGGUUUGGAGAUUAUCCCCAUCUAAUCAUCCAUCGAUUGACUGUUGCUAAAUCGAACGUCCUAUUCAGGAGAAAAACGAAGAAUUCUGGCUGGAAGGUUUGUCAUUUCUCUGUACUUUUGAUGAAACAUUUCAGAAAGAUGGAGAUUAGCAAUGACCCUGCUGCAAUGGCGACAAUAGCACCAUCAGCACCAGUCACAGCCGAACGACCUGUUCGGAGUGACCUUGAGUCAUCCAUUCCUAAGCCCUACAUGGCUAGAGCUAUGGCUGCACCAGACAUGCAACAUCCAGAUGGCACAAAAGAACACAGUGCUUGUGGCAUGAGUGUCCUCCAGCAACAUGUCGCCUUCUUUGAUCAAGACAACAAUGGCAUUGUUUAUCCUUGGGAGACUUACACCGGGCUUCGAGCUAUUGGGUUCAAUGUACUCGUAUCUUUAGUUUUGGGAUUAGGUUUCAAUCUAAUAUUUAGUUACGUUUCCCUCCCUGGUUACAUUCCAAAUUUGCUGCUUCCAAUUCACAUAGCCAACAUACACAAAGGCAAGCAUCCAAGUGAUUCUGGGACAUACGAUACUGAAGGAAGGUAUCUUCCUGUUAACUUCGAGAAUAUGUUUAGCAAAUAUGGCAAAACAGCCCCAGAUAAGCUAACAUUGAGAGAGCUAUGGAACAUGACGCAAGGAAAUCAUGUUGCAUUCGAUAUUGUGGGAUGGAUAUUAAACAAGUUCGAGUGGGGGCUUGUAUACAUUAUAGCUAAAGAUGAGGGAGGUUACCUAUCAAAAGAAGCCAUGAGAGGUCUAUUUGAUGGCAGUUUGUUCGAGAAACUAGCCAAAACGAAGGCAGCCAAAGAGAAGAAGAAGACUUGA